AGCCCCCCACGCAGGCCUGCGAUUCCUCCGACCCGCGGCGGGCACACCCCGCCGCCCUCCUGACCUUGGCAGGGGGCACCGCCAGCCCCCUGUGCUGGCGUUCCGACUGGCUGACGCAGACGCCCCUCAACGUGAGCCUCACAGUACCCCUGGGCAAAACUUUCGAGCUGGUGUUUGUGAGCUUGCGCUUCUGCUCCGCGCCCCCCACCUCAGUGGCCCUGCUCAAGUCGCAGGACCACGGCCGCAGCUGGGUCCCUCUGGGCUUCUUCUCCUCCUGCUGUGGCCUGGACUAUGGCCGCCUGCCCGCCCCUGCCAAUGGCCCAGCCGGUCCCGGGCCUGAAGCUUUGUGCUUUCCUGAGCUCCAGACCCAGCCUGAUGGCAGUGGCCUUCUGGCCUUCAGCGUGCAGGACAGCAGCCCGCCAGGCCUGGAUCUGGACAGCAGCCCAGUGCUCCAAGACUGGGUGACCGCCACAGACAUUCGAAUAGUGCUCACAAGGCCUGCCAUGCUGGGGGCCACCAGCGACUCCGAGGCCGUGGUCUCUUACUCUUACUCAGCCACUGAGCUCCAGGUGGGCGGGCGCUGCAAGUGCAAUGGGCACGCUUCCAGGUGCUUGCUGGACACCCAGGGCCACCUGAUCUGCGACUGCCGGCAUGGCACCGAGGGCCCCGACUGUGGCCGCUGCAAGCCCUUCUACUGCGACAGGCCCUGGCAGCGGGCCACAGCCUGGGAAGCCCACGCUUGCCUUGCUUGCUCCUGCAAUGGCCAUGCCCGCCGCUGCCGCUUCAACAUGGAGCUGUACCGAUUGUCCGGCCGUCGCAGUGGUGGUGUCUGCCUCAACUGCCGGCACAACACUGCCGGCCGCCACUGCCAUUACUGCCGGGAGGGCUUCUAUCGCGACCCGGGCCGUGCACCGAAUGACCGCCGCGCUUGCAGGGCCUGUGACUGUCACCCUGUUGGUGCUGCUGGCAAAACCUGCAACCAGACCACAGGCCAGUGUCCGUGCAAGGAUGGUGUCACUGGCCUCACCUGUAAUCGCUGCGCCCCUGGCUUCCAACAGAGUCGUUCUCCAGUGGCACCCUGUGUUAAGACCCCUGUCCCUGGACCCACUGAGGAGAGCAGCCCUGUGGAGUCACAGGACUGCGAUUUGCACUGCAAACCCACCCGGGGCAGCUACCGCAUCAGCCUGAAAAGGUUCUGCAGGAAAGACUAUGGUAGGCAGCCCUCAGGCCUCCCGCCCCCACCUUCCCACCUUGCCCUCCCCACGUUCCCGGGCACCGUGAUACCUACAGAAGGCUGUGAGCCUUCUGGUGGGGGCCUCUGCUAA